AUGGUCGUCCACGAGCGUAGAGAUUCCGUUCCUUCCGGCUUCGUGCACGUCGGAGCAGCACCAGAGGACGAAGUGUUGAGCCUCAAGUUUGCGCUGACGCAGAGCAAUUUCCCGGGACUGGAGAGCGAAUUGUAUGCGAUUAGCACGCCAGGGAGUGAGAGGUAUAGGCAGUUUUUGUCAAAGGAGCAGGUCGAAGCUUUUGUCGCCCCAUCCACAGACACUGCAUCCUCCUUCAACGAUUGGCUCGCCUCCAACAACCUCACCUCCACACUCUUCUCACCCGCAGGCGACUGGGUCUCCGUCAACAUGACCGUCUCACAAGCUAACGACGUCCUCGGCGCCGAUUUUUCAACCUUCCAGCACCAAGCGACUGGGCAGACCGCGAUCAGGACUUUGCAGUAUUCGGUGCCGAGUAGUUUGAAGGAACACGUUAGUUUCGUGCAUCCGACCGUUGUAUUUCCGGUCCCGAAUACCGGAUCGAAGAUGAAAACGAGCGCGAAGCCUGUUUCGCCUCCAAAGACCGUUACGGGCGCUUCUGUUGUUGAAUGCACUAUCUCGCUGUCUAGGACCUCUAUGCAACCGGCUUGUCUCAUUGAGAUGUACAACAUCCCAAGGACCCCGGCUACGCAGGCUUCGAACAUCAUGGCAGUUUCAGGUUUCACCGACGAGAAUGCGAAUAGAGCUGACCUCCAGGCUUUCCUUGCAUAUUUCCGUCCCGACAUGGAUAGCAACGCGACAUAUACCCUAGAAGAACUAGACGGCGGAGAGGACGACCAAACGAUAUAUUAUGCUGGUGCUGAGGCGGAUCUUGACCUUCAGUAUACCAUCGGAGUGGCGACAGGAGUACCCGUCCAGUUCGUCUCGGUGGGGUACGAUAAUACGGAUGGGAUCGCGGGGUUCAUUGAUGAGGUUAACUUCUUAUUGGCCGAGGAUGUCGUGCCGAAUGUUCUAACUACGUCGUAUGCGUUCAAUGAGCCCUCGCUGGCGUUCAACCUCGUGAAUAAUCUGUGUAACGCCUAUGCUCAGCUUACGGCCCGUGGUACGACUGCCUUUACGAGUUCUGGAGAUGGCGGUGUCGGUGGCACUUAUUACGAUGACUGCACAUUCUUCGUCCCUUCCUUCCCUUCGACAUGUCCUUACGUCACAUCUGUCGGUGGAACGACUGGAGUCGGUCCCGAAGUUGCAGCCCCACUCUCUGGCGGAGGCUUCUCGACAUAUUUCGCCGUUCCUUCCUUCCAGUCUGACAUGGUUUCGUCAUGGCAGGAGAACUUCGGAUCGAGGACUUAUAACGGCCUCUAUAACUCUACCGGGCGCGGUUUCCCUGAUGUGUCGGCACAGGCGAUAAAUUUUUACAUCCAAUGGACCGGAGGCUGGUACACUGUCAACGGUACGAGCGCUUCGACGCCUAGCGUCGCCUCCGUCUUUGCCAUGUUGGACGAUGAGCUCGUUGCUGCUGGCCAGCCACCACUGGGGUGGUUGAAUCCUCUGAUUUAUGCGAAUCCACAGGCGUUCAAUGAUAUCACUUCAGGAAAUAACCCCGGCUGCGGGACAAACGGGUUCUCGGCUGGGGCUUCGUGGGACCCCGUGACGGGAUUGGGAUCUCCGGACUACAACAGUCUGAAGACUGUGCUUGGUUUGUGA